AUGAACAAUAAAAUAUGGAUCCUGUCAGGCCUGGGUGCCUGUCUGAUAGUCCUGCUGAUUUUAUACCUUCUUUAUGCUAUUUUUACAACCUUGGCUUUCUUCAUUACAGGGUUUGGAGCAUGAAUGCUGUACAUUUGGGCUAUGAUUUACCUGGUCAGAUAUGUCAUCCGCUCAAUGGUGUUCCCAGGCAGCAACUUUUUGGUCCAGAAAACGAUUGAGUAUAAUAUCAGAGAGAGCAUUACGAGGCUGAUUCUUAGAAAAGUGGGAAACCUUAAGUACACUCUUGAGGAAACCAGCUUAAAUGAUGAACUGAAUGAAGACAAUGUAGCUGAGCUGAAGAACAGCAUAUCUGACUUUAAGAAGAUGGCUGAAGUGAUCGUUAAUAAUUGUGAGAGGCAGAAAGAUCUUCAAAUAAUUUCUGCUGACCAGAAGGCUUUCCAGUUGAAGCUCGAAGAACUCAAAAGGAAUAUUUCCAGUAUCCAUUUGUUGAAGCCCAAUGAAAGUAUGACUACUAUUAGCAUUUGGGAAGUUGGAAGUCACUCUGUUGAGGAACUGAUCGGAUGAGCUUAUAGUGAUAAUUUACGCUUCAAAAUUAGCACCCUAGACUUAUUCACAGAUAACCUUUCUACAAUUAUGGGUAUUGAAACAGAUCCUGGAUGAGCACAAGAGUCUAAAAUUGACUUCUCAACUAUUAAGAGAUGGCUCCAGAGUUUACAUAUAUAUUUGAGUAAUAAGUCCUAUGGUCACUUGGAUUACACUAGAACCCAUUUAGAAGUAUCUGGCCAAUCCUCUGACCCUCCGAGCUCUUGAAGUGAUGAACAAAUGUCUCACAAUCAAUGAUACAUAGUUUUGAGCUUGAAUUCCUGAAAAUGUAACCAUCAAGAAUUCGUAACAACUUCUGACGGAGCGAGGUUAGACACAAUGUGGGUUGAAAACAAACUCAAUGAGGGAAAUAGGCACGCUCCAGCAGUCAUGAUCUGUAAUCCUAACUGAGUCUAUUAUGAGAACUUCGGAAUAUAUGAAGACCAAUUCUUCAACUUCUUCCUAAGGAAUGGCUUCAAUGUAUUUCUUUGGAACUACCGAGGAUAUGGAAGAUCUACAGGAUCUAUCUCACCUGAUAGUUUCUUCGAGGAUGCUGAUCAUUUGGUACAGUAUCUAGUUAACAUUAGAGGAGUGACAAGACUGUUAGUCCAUGGCUCCUCUCUUGGAGGAGCCAUCGCUUGCCAUCUUGCGAAUAAUCCUAAUGUAGAAGCUGUGUUUGCAGAUCGCACAUUCUCUUCUCUAGAUAGUGUUAUCAGAGACGACUUCGGUCCGACUUUAAGGUUCCUGUACAACCUGUUUACAGUAGGGCAAUGGAAAAUGAAGGUUUCCCAGAAAUAUUUAAUGAGUGAUAAGUACAAGAUUCUUUCAGCGGAUCCUCAGGAUUCACUGAUCCCUGAUCUAUCAUCUCUCAAGAAUGGAGUUGCUCGUGCUUCUCUCCGCUAUGAUCUUGGUAAAAGUUCCCGAGCGAAGCCUGGGAGCUUCUUUGAUGUCUGAACUAUUAUAAAUAAAGAAGAGACAGAUGCAAUAUUCGGAGUUCUGAAGGAAAUUUUCAUGCUAAACUUCACUAAAAUAAAGGAAGAACAUAGCAAAAUUGUUAAAGCUCAUGAAGAUAAUGAUGAGGAGAAGAUGUCAAUAGUCGAGCUCGACUAUGUAUGUGACGAAGACUCAGCAGGCGGCAGCCAUCUGGCUGUCCCUGGAGGUGUAGGCUCUGUAAUGAAUCCACAACUUUGUAUUGCCAAAUCUCAAGAAAGGAUUGGCCUAGAUGGAACUGAUAAAGUAGAAGUCCUUGAAAUCUUUGAAAAAGAGUAUGCAGAAGUUGUCAAAAAUGAGAUGGAGAUUUUCAACAAAAGUAAGCAGAAAUGUGGUUAUGGCAGCCUCCAAAAAUGGGCCUUGGAGAACUACUCCCAGUGAGAAAUUAUAGAGUUAUGGCUUCGACAAGUUAAGAAGAUUCUCUGAAGGCAGGAUAGUAGUGGGCUGACAUUUUACAAUAUUUUCCAGCGAAAGGAAAACAUUCAAUAUAAGAUGUUCAAGCAGUUUUUGAUCAACCUUGAGAUCUGGGGAAGCUAUACAGGCCUUCCAGUCAGCAACCAGGGGUUUUAUGAUGUUAAGAGCGCCAAACGGAUGUCUGAACUACAACUACACGACAUGCUAGAAGGACUUCAUGCAUUAAUCAGAUCCUUAAAAAGUGAAAAUUUAGCUGUCAGCCAACUGCUGGCAGACAAAAUCGGAGCUUUGGGGUAUUUCUUUACCAAAAUAUCCAAGCAUCUGGGGUCAGAACUUGAGAAGGAAAGGACUAAAUUCUUUGACAGGCGAGAUGACGAGGAUAUUUUCGAAAAUGAGAUUCUUGAGAUAAAGCGAAACACCAAAACUACAGCAGAGGAUGAAGAAUCAGUCAGCUUCCUUGACAUCUCCAAAACUGGUGAAGAUAGCAUCGGAAUGCUCAUUCCUCUAAAAUGUGGUCAUAAUGGCAGCUAUAGCAAUGCAGAGAUGAGCAUCUAUAAAAGCCAUCUGAAACAAAUCUUUGAGCAUCUGAGGGAUACCUAA